GUGGCAUUUUUCAGGAGGAAGUAAUCCUGCGAAAGGAGAUCUUCUUGUUAUAGCUGCAGCAACCUUGUAUGCUGUCAUUAAUACUAGCGAGGUAAGCAAGUCUUUAAUCACAUACUCAAAAAAAAUGUAAUGGAUUCUAAGUGUGGUUGGUCUUUCAUGUUUCUUUGUUAUAGGAGUUCUUUGUGAAGACUGCAGACAGAAUUGAACUCAUGUCUUUUGUGGGUCUUUUUGGUGCAAUCAUUGGUGCCAUUCAGAUAAGCAUAUUUGAACGUGAUGCGCUCAAUGCUAUUCACUGGUCUACUUGGGCUGUUUUGCCUUACAUUGGAAUUGCAAUCAGCGUGUUUCUAUUCUACUCUGUACUCACAUUCUUACUCAAGACCAAUGGUACAGCAAUGUUCACAUUCUCAUUACUCACAUCAGACAUGUGGGCGGUUCUGAUCCGCAUUUUCACCUACCAUGAGAAGGUUGAUUGGCUCUAUUACUUGGGAUUUGCUACUACAGCCAUUGGACUGAUCAUAUACUCAAUGAAGGAGAAUGAUCAGGAGAGACAAAGAGGUGGAGAAGUGGUAGAUGAACAGAGAAAGCUGUUAGAUGAGGAAGGUGUAGGUUCACUUCGAGACAGCCUUAUAGGUGCUUCCACCUGAAUUCAAUGCCUGAGGUUUCAUAUUGUCUAUGUGAGAGAUUAGAUUAUUGCUUUCAGCAAGAAGAAAUGAAAUUUUGUGUGAAGAGAAGUUGUAAUCCAUAACAAUUGGGAACGAUAAAGAAGGGAAAAAUGUUCUAUAAAA